UGUAGGCGGGGUACCGGAAGACGCUGUUCAGCCAUGGUGGCUCAGGCUACUUUUCACAGGUCUGGGAAUUUGGACGAGUUCGUCCCCGCGUGACUUUCCCCCUGUAAACACAACCCCAGAAGAAAAGGUCCGCGAAGGUGAUUCACCCCCAGAGGGCGGCUGGUUCGAAGCGCGCGGCGGGGAGCCCGAGGGCUUCGGCCUGGGCUGAGUUGCUUAGACAGCCGAGAUGGGAGGACUCACCAGAGGUGGCAGCAGCUAGGCGGCCUUGGCUCCACUUCUCCAACCCUGGCGAGCUGGUUUCCCUCCGGCCUGCUUUCGCUACUGCACAGGCAUGCAGAGGUGAAAGGUCACAAACAUGGCGCUGGCCGCCCGUCUCCUACCUCUGCCCCUGUUUUCUCGGCCGCUGCCCGGCCGGGCUACCCGACUCCAGACUCUCGGUACCAGCGAGGUGAGGCUGACGCUGACUGAAGUUUGCUGCCUGUGCCGCCGUCGCCUGGGUUCAAGCGUGGCUCCGAUCCCUCGCUGCACUUGGGCCCGGGCAAGUCCUGCGUUGCGUUCCUGGGGCCCCGGAAGGCCCCUUCUCGGCCGGGCAGAAUAUUCUCCAGCCCUCGCUUCUUUACCCGCUUGUCUCAGCCGCAGCUACAGCACCGAGGAGCAGCCCCAGCAACGCCAGAGAACCAGAAUGAUCAUUCUGGGAUUUUCCAAUCCCAUCAACUGGGUCCGGACUCGAAUUUACGCCUUCCUUAUUUGGGCCUAUUUCGACAAAGAGUUCAGUAUCGCUGAGUUCUCUGAAGGGGCGAAGCAGGCUUUUGCUUAUGUAUCCAAGUUGCUGUCACAGUGUAAAUUUGAUCUAUUGGAAGAACUUGUAGCCAAAGAGGUGCUGCAGGUAUUAAAAGGAAAGGUUACUUCAUUGUCUGAUAACCAUAAGAGUGCACUGGCUGCAGACAUAGAUGAUAUUGUCUACACAUCUACAGGCGAUAUCUCCAUUUACUAUGAUGAGAAAGGAAGGAAGUUCGUUAACAUCCUGAUGUGCUUUUGGUAUCUGACUAGUGCCGACAUCCCCAGUGAGUCUCUAAGUGGAGCUCAUGUGUUCCAGGUAAAGCUGGGAGAUCAGAGUGUGGAGACUAAACAGCUGCUCAGCGCAAGCUAUGAAUUUCAGAGGGAAUUUACACAAGGAGUAAAGCCUGACUGGACUAUUGCACGGAUCGAACACUCAAAGUUGCUAGAAUAAUCUUUCUUGGAAAAAAAAUCAGGGCGUGAACUCUUAAUAAUUGCUGUGAACAACUAAGAAAGACAAGUUUCUGGAUGAUUUGAUUUUAACUUAAUUAAGUCUGUGGAUUACUUUUGUAUUAUUUGGAAAUACUCAGUAUAUUGACCUAAUACAAUAAAACAUUUUCCACAGAUUGCUGGUGUUCUUUAAAGGAGGUCAAAGUAAAACACAAAACUACAGCAGCACAUUGGUGUCCUGCUGAGUGUCAUUCAAAUGUUUUAUAUGUACAUGUGUCACCGACUAGUUUUAUACACAUGAAUUAUUGAAACUACUAUAUAUCGCUAAAUUAAUGGGCCACGUUUCUGCAAGAUUUCCUUUACAAGCCACUGAGCUUAGUAUGUUUGAUCACUAUCCAGAUAAGGACUGGAUAGGACCGUAGCAGCUUGACCUCUGUAGGACACCCAUGUUUGUUUACUGUUCACAACAGUGGAGAAAUGGAGCCAGCCUACAUGUCUAUCAGCACUCACUGGAAUACAUGAACAAAAUGUGGCACAUAUACACAGUGGGAAUGCAUUCAGCUGUAAGCAAGAGUGAAAUCAUAGAAUAAAAUGAGUGAACUGGAA